AACACCAAAUCCGUCAUUUCAUUUCAUUUCGUUAUUUUUGCAUCUCACUGUAUCUAUCUCACUAACGCGGAGAGAAACUCACAUCAUCAUCAUCAUCACCAUUCAUUCAUUUAUUCAUUCACAUUCUUCUCAGAUCGGACUCAAUUUCUUCCUCUCCCCCGCAAAUCCGAGUCCGAAAGCGAUGAAGCUGAAGCCAGUGGAAUCACUUUUACUGUCUUAAUCGGUGUCUCUGUGUUGAAAAUCGAUUAUAGAUUGUUGAUUGUGCGGUGCGGUCCACCACCGAUUUAGAUCGAACGAGAAAUGAAGGAUGACGACGGGCUUCCAACCACGACGGCGCCGACUGCCAAGAAGGACAAUCUCGAUUCCGGUCUGUUUGGGAAAGGGAGGUACAAAUUCUGGGCAUUAGCCGCUAUCUUGCUUCUCGCCUUCUGGUCCAUGUUCACCGGCACCGUCUCUCUUCGCUGGUCCGGUAAUCUCAACUCCUUGUCCAACGACCUCGAUACUCCCAUCCACGAUGACCUCGAUGUCCUUGAAAUGGAGGAGAGGGAGAAAGUGGUGAGGCACAUGUGGGAUGUGUACACCAACAGCCGCAGGAUCAGGUUGCCCAGGUUCUGGCAGGAGGCGUUUGAGGCUGCAUAUGAAGAAUUGACGAGCGAUGCUCCUGGGGUUAGGGAUGCUGCUAUCACCGAGAUCGCUAAGAUGUCUGUGCGUUCCAUUGAUUUUGAUCCACCUCCAAUCCAAUCCACGAGAGCCCAGGAAUUUAGCAAGAGUCUCAAGCAAGUUGAAAAAGGAAAAGGAGCAACAACCUCUAGGCGUGCUUAAUCGUUAGUGUCUGAAGCAUUCAAGGAUCUGGCUUGUGUUUGAAAAUGAUCUUGGGCUACUAGAAGAUUGUGAAGAGGUAGUGAUGGGCGAAGCCAUUCUCAGAUUUUUCAUGCUUCUAUAAGAUGGACAUUUAUGUAUUUUAAUAGGUUGUGGCCUUUCAAAUUUUGCAGUCAAGUUCAAUGUCUUCACGAAGUGAGUAGUAGUAAAUCGAAACACGACCUUUUUGAGCAGACAAAUUCAACUAAGUAUAUGUUUUCUAGGUUUAUUUCAAAGCAACUAAAUUCUAAAUUUCUCAUGCUUCAGUUAGUAAAAGGUUUUGGUACAUUGGCACUUA